AUGUCUUUACAAGAGGAAUUCUUUACCGGCAUCUCUAAGAUCUCAUACGUGCCUGGAGCUGGUGCUGCAGACGUCCUGUGCUUCAAACACUACAAUGCCGAGGAGGUGCUGAUGGGGAAAAGGAUGGAGGACUGGCUGAGGUUUUCUGUCUGUUAUUGGCAUUCCUUCUGUGGCACUGGUGCAGAUCCUUUUGGCUUCCCAACUCUUCACAGAUCCUGGAAUGAAGGCUCUCCGAUGGAAGCGUCCAAAAAGCGCAUCAGAGCAGCUUUUGAGUUCUUCACUAAACUUGGUGUGAAAUAUUACACGUUUCAUGACAGAGACAUGGCUCCUGAAGGCAGCACUUUGGAAGAGUCAAACAGAAAUCUGGAUGAAAUGACAGAUGUGGCUCUGCAGCUGCAAAAUCAGACUGGAGUCAAAGUGCUGUGGGUCACCUGUAACCUUUUUGCGCACGCACGGUACAUGAAUGGUGCGGCCACUAACCCUGACUGUCACGUGCUGGCGUAUGCUGGAGCACAGGUGAAGAAGGGCCUGGAUAUCGCCAAGAAGCUGGGAGCCGAGAACUUUGUGUUUUGGGGUGGAAGAGAGGGUUUCCACACCAUCCUCAACACAGACGUUGGAGCUGAGCUUAAGCACAUGGCAAACUUCUUCAAAAUGGCUGUUCAGUACAAGGAGAAGAUUGGGUUAAAAUGUCAGUUUCUUAUUGAACCAAAACCCAAAGAGCCCUGCAAACAUCAGUACGACUACGACGCCAUGAGUGUCAUUGCCUUCCUGAAGCAUUAUGGUCUGGAGAAGGAUUUCAAGCUGAACAUUGAGCCUAACCACACCACGUUGGCUGGACACUCUUAUGAACAUGACAUCAUUAUGGCCUCAUCUUUUGGCAUGUUGGGUUCAGUGGACGCGAACACGGGAUCUCCUGACCUGGGAUGGGACACAGACCAGUUUCCAAUGGACAUAAGAAACACCACCCUAGUUAUGAAAACCAUCAUUGAUCAAGGUGGGAUUCAGCCAGGUGGCCUAAACUUUGAUGCUAAGGUACGCAGAGAAUCCGCAGACCCAGAAGACUUAUUUAUCGCUCACAUCGGGGCCAUGGAUGCUUUUGCAAGAGGACUCAGAAAUGCUGUCCGUGUGGUUCAGGACAGACUUCUUCCAGACCUGGUCGAGGAACGAUACAAAAGCUACAGCCAUGGACUUGGGGCGAAAGUCGACGAGGGUUCUGCCACAUUAGAGGAUUUGGAGAACUACAUAAAAAAGAAUGGAGAACCAAAGGCUACAUCAGGAAAACAAGAGAAAUUUGAAUCCAUCUUCAAUCAUUACAUCUAA